AUGCCGCCGCCGCGCGACCCCGCGGACGCCGCCGUGACCGCCGCGCUACCCGGCCGCGACGACGACGGCGCCCCGGAGACCGCGAUCGUGGACGUCGGCGAGCUCGCGGUCCACGCGCGGACGCUGCGACGCGAGAGAGACGACGCGAACGCGCGAUGCGCGAGCCUCGAGAAGGAGACGGCCGCGCUGCGCGCGCUGUUGGAGAGCGUCGGCGUGGAGCUGCCCGCGGUUUCCACGGCGACCGCGAAGGGCGCGAAGGGCGCGAAGGGCGGCGGGAAGGAGGGCGGGGCCGUGCGGCGCGAGGUGGAGCGCGUGGAGCGGCGCGAGGAGCGCGCGGCGGCGGCGGCGACGGCGACGACGACCGACGAUCGGCUGGACGCGUGGCUCGUCGCGUCGACGGCGGCGGCGGUGGCGGAGGGGAGGCUCACGGACGACGACGACGACGCGUCGUCGUCGUCGUCGAGCGACGGCGACGGCGACGGCGACGGCGACGCGUCCGCCGCGGAGGACGGGUCCGGGGACGAGCGCGACGACGACGGGUGGCCGCGGUACUCCCCGCCCGGCGGCGGCGCGAGGGCGACGAGGGCGAGCGAGGGCCGCGCGGAGGAGGAGGAGGAGGAGGGAAAAGAAAACGUCGACCCGCGCGCGUUCGAUCGAUCGUUCGACGACGCCGUGGAGGAGCUCGAGGCGAGGAUCACGAAGAAGCUCGUCGCGCUGUUAGAUCACUGA